UUUUUGCCGCCUACUUUUCUGCCCAAUUCUCAGGAGCCGCUGGUCCAGCAAAAUGGCGGCGCUGCCUUCAGUCGGCGGACUCCGACACCUGAACUGUUUUCCGUGGCGUCAAAACUUCCGCCACGAAAGAAUAUUUAAUCUUCCGUCGUCCUAUCUCUCCACAGUCGCUUCACUGCCCUCUUCUUCAUCAGUCUCUCCAAAUGAAGACUCUGAAGAGAUUCAAUUCAGCACCCCUCCCAUUAAAACAGCUAAGAAAACUAGUAAUGGUAGCAUAAAUACGGCCGAGGAGAAUGUCGAUGCAAAAAAUAAGACUGACAAUGAUAAGAAAGCUUCUUAUUUUCCGAAGCGGGGGCAGACAUUGGAGCUGGUUUGUGAAAACCUAGCUUUUAAAGGAAAAGGCGUGUGCAAAGUUGCCGACACAGGUUUUGUUGUAAUGUGUGACCGUGCGCUUCCAGGCGAACGGUUCAUCGGGCGUGUUACUAGGAAAAAAGAUAAUUAUGCUGAGGUUACCAAAUUGAAGACAAUAACACCUCACUUGGACUAUGUGGAAGCUCCAUGUGAAUGUGCUGCAUACUGUGGAGGUUGUAAGACGCAGAAUUUGUUGUAUGAAGCCCAGAUAAGGGCAAAGGAGCGGCAAGUUCGUGAAUUGGUGGUACAUGUUGGCAAGUUCACCUUCAAAGACCCUGAAUUCAAUAGCAUAAUGAAGCCCAUUGUACCCUGUGAUAUCCAAUUUCAUUACAGAAACAAGAUGGAGUUUUCAUUUGGGCCCAAGCCUUGGUUACCCCGAAAGUUGCUGGAAGAAGGAUAUGGUGACUCCCACAGCUAUGCUUUGGGACUUCAUGCUCCCGGCUUUUUUGAUAAGAUAUUGAAUGUGCACAAGUGUUUAUUGCAGAGUGAAGCAGCAAAUAAGGUUCUUGCAGCUGUGCAAGCUAUUUGGAGGGAUCCAGGAUCGGGCCUUUCACCUUAUGACGUCCACUCUCAUACUGGUUUUCUGAAGCAUCUAAUGUUGAGAACUGGAAGGAAUGUGGAAACUGGCCUUCCUGAGCUGAUGGUGAAUUUUGUCACCUCUUCAUACAAGCCAGAGUUGUUGAACUCAAUUGUGGAGAAAACUGUGACAAUACCUGAAGUGGCAAGCAUUGUGAACAAUGUAAAUACUUCCAUAGGCAACACAUCUGUGGGGGAGGUGGAAUACACACUUUAUGGCAAAUCUACUAUAACAGAGGUUUUAAGAGGGCUUGUAUUUCAGAUUUCUGCAAAUUCUUUCUUUCAGACAAAUACAUACCAGGCAGAGGUAUUAUACAAACUAAUCGAGGAUUGCGCCUGUCUCAGAGGAGAUGGCUCAGAAAUUGUCCUUGACCUUUUUUGUGGGACAGGAACCAUUGGACUUACACUUGCAAGAAGGGUAAGAUGUGUUUAUGGUUAUGAAGUAGUCCCUCAGGCUGUCUCAGAUGCACGUCGGAAUGCCGAACUAAAUGGCAUAUACAAUGCAACUUUUAUUGAGGGGGAUCUAAAUAAAAUUGAUGAGCAAUUUGGAAAUGAUUUUCCCAAGCCUGACAUUGUUAUUACAGACCCCAAUCGUCCGGGCAUGCAUAUUAAAUUGAUUAGAUUUUUGCUCAAGCUGAAGGCAAAGCGAAUUAUUUAUGUGUCAUGCAAUCCAGCAACAUGUGCUCGUGACCUCAAUUAUCUUUGUCAUGGUUUGCCAGAUCAAAAUAUAAGAGGUGUCUACAAAUUAAGUAGCAUACAGCCAGUGGACAUGUUUCCGCACACUCCUCAUGUUGAAUGUGUUUGCUUGCUGGAACUUGAUGAUUAAUCGCGUUGUAAAUUACAUUAUUCCACUGCUACAUCUGGAGCAAGCUUUUUCUGUCUUUUGGUACUGCUCUUUCUGAGGUUUAGCUUGCCUCGUAGUUAAUCACUGCAGAGGUUCCAGAGGUCUUGGAGAAUAUGACCUCUUUGUCCUGAAAAGAAGUUCCACUGAAGCUUUCAAGGUGUGAAACAGAAUUCCUGUCAACGCUUCAUUUCCAUCUGCUAGUAACAGACGUGAGGUUGGACGCAAUUCUACAGAAGGAGAACAAAUUUGAGAUCCUGUUGGUAGAAAAGGAAGCAAAAAAUUAAGUGUAUCUGUACUGUAAUUUAGGGUCUGAAGCCUGGAUUGAUAAACGAAGCAUCAAUUGCAUUCUUUCAGGGUUUUAACACAACCGCUAACAAACAAAAGAAGCAAAAGAACAAGUAUACAAGCAGUCUUUGAAGUUGGAUGUAAUGCCUAAAUAGGGAAGGGAAUGUGAGCCUAUUAAAAGUGAAGGAAGCAAGAUAUGGAAAAAAAUCCAACUGGUUCUUGCAUGAGUGUAUAUGUACAGUUUAUAACCUUGGAUUUUAUAUAGGGAUUAACAAACC